GCAGCCAUCAAUCCACAACAACAAGCAAGAAAGAGGAAGAAGACAGUCGCGCUGUAUCACAACAGAGGAAAAUAUGAUUUGGUUAAAAAUCACGGCAAGUUUAGUGUAAUAGAUGUAACAGUCCGCCUCGAAUACUGUGUAUUUUGUGCACCUUAUCGCGGGGACCCAGCUCGGUGACAGAUAAGUAGUAUUUGAGUUCUACUCCCCUGAUGUCUGCCCAUGCAUCCGGUUCAUCUUGUGGGAAUGUGGUGACUGUGUCCGGUUCUGCCGCAUCUUCCUCCAGCCAUGUUGGGCAAGAAAAGGCUGGCAGGAGCCUGGCGGGGAGUAAGUAUGUGAAGCUCAAUGUGGGGGGAACUCUCCACUACACCACGGUCCAGACGCUCAGCAAGGAGGACAGUCUGCUCAGGAGUAUUUGUGACGGGAGCACAGAGGUCACCAUAGACUCUGAGGGCUGGAUGGUACUGGACAGAUGUGGGAGACACUUUUCCCUGGUGCUGAACUUCCUGCGGGACGGGACGGUUCCUUUGCCAGAAAGCACACGGGAGCUAGAGGAGGUACUGAAGGAGGCGCAGUACUACAGGCUCCAGGGUCUUGUGCAGCACUGCCUCAGCACAUUACAGAAACAGAGGGAUGUCUGCAGGGGAUGUCACAUUCCUAUGAUCACUUCAGCCAAAGAGGAACAGAGGAUGAUAGCCACCUGUAGGAAGCCAGUGGUGAAACUGCAGAAUAACAGAGGGAACAAUAAAUACUCCUAUACCAGCAACUCUGAUGAUAACCUUCUGAAGAACAUUGAGCUGUUCGAUAAGCUGGGGCUGCGCUUUAACGGCAGAGUGCUGUUCAUUAAAGAUGUGUUGGGUGAUGAGAUAUGCUGCUGGUCUUUUUACGGCGAGGGACGCAAGAUUGCUGAAGUCUGCUGCACGUCUAUUGUUUAUGCCACUGAGAAGAAACAGACCAAAGUUGAGUUCCCAGAGGCUCGUAUCUUCGAGGAGACGCUCAACAUUUUGAUCUAUGAAAACGGACGAGGUUUGGGAGGCAUGGCCCUGCUGGAGACAGGGGGCGUCCUGUCGCCAGGUGUUGGCCAGUCGGAGGAGGAAGGGGCAGGUGUGGGAGGCGGGGAUAGGCGGGUGAGACGUAUCCAUGUGCGGAGACAUAUUAUGCAUGAUGAGAGGGGUCACGGACAGCAGACUGUCUACAAAGACUGAAUCAGAAUGGUACAAAUACAUUGUACUAGCAAUAUGCAUGUGAACAAUAGAACGAUUGGUUGAGGAAAGAAAGACAACUUUGGUAUGUUCAAUGCUGCACUGAAAUGGGAGGGCUGGGGGGUAAUUAUAGACUAGUUUAUAAACAAUACUGAAGUUGCCACAGUGUGGUACAAUUUGAAUCUUUCUAUGAGAUACAUUUACCUUUUUUAAUUUUUGUUAAAUUUUAUUUAUUAUUGCGUUAAAUUAUUGUCCAGAAUUUUCACUUUUUCAAGAUUCAAUGUGAAAUAAGUGUUUUUUUUUUUUGCUUUGAUUUGUUUGUAUGGGCCGUGUGAAAGUUUAUCUUUCGUUUUUUUGUGGUAAACUGUGAUGUACGCUUGACUUGAGACGUACAUGGUUGAUGGGUGUGUUAAACAGUAUUUCUAAAACUAAUGUUGUUUUAGUUUAAAAAGAAAAAGAUCACAUUAGUUUUUUAAAUGAUGUAAAUACAUUCUAAAAGAAAAAUGUAGUGUUUAAUGUUGUUAGACUUCUUGCCACAGUGAAAGAAAAGGAUCAUUUCUAGACAAAGUUGGCUCAUUUGAAUCACAUUGCUAAUAGGCGAAAAACCUCUUCACAAUAUUGUUUUAUUGACCAUUGUAAACCAUAAAUGUAUGUUAUUACUGUCCUAGACCAAAAACACCCCUUUAAUUCUGCCAAUUAAGCUAGUAUACAUUGAAUUCCGUCCAGAUAUUGUAUUAUUAAUAUAUUACAUUAACAUUUUCAAUAAACAUGCUUUUUGGUAUA